CCCGAGGCGGGCGCCAUUAGGGUGGAGAUCAUCGACUCCUUGUUCUCCAACAACACCGUUGGGGACGACGACAGCGGCGGCGCGAUUUCCUUCAAGGCAGCCAGCGCAGUCCUUGAUGUGCAGCGGUCUCAAUUUCUGGGCAAUUCUGCAAAGGGCGGGGGCGCUGUCUGCGUAACGGGCGCGGAAGAAGUCUUCUUCAAUCAAAGCCGCCUGGAAGAUAACAAGGCAGAUCGGGGUGGCAGCCUUCUGUUCGAGACGCAGGGGCAGCCGAUCAACAUCUCCAUCUCCUCCACAACAUUCGCCAGGAAUUCUGCCGGCGUGCUUGGCGGAGGCGCCAUAUUGGCGCUUGGCCAGGGCUCGGUACUGCGCAAGGUGGAAAAUACAACUUUCGUCGGCAAUUCCGCUGCCGCCAGCGGAGGGGCAGUCGAGCUCGACAAGGGGGUAUCGGCCAGCUUCAAAGACGCGUUCUUCGACGGCAAUGCCGCCGCUGCCUUCGGUGGAGGGAUCGCGGCGCUGGAAGGCGCCUUUGCAUCGAGUUUAGAUUUUGAAAACACCACAUUUUCCAAUAACAGGGCCGACGAGGGAGGUGCCGUGUACCUGAUGGGAGAGAAGCUGAACACGUCGGUAGUGGGCGGCACCCGUUUUGUCGACAACUUUGCCCUAGAAUUCGGCGGGGCCAUCGCAUCCAUGGAAGAUGGAGACCUCCGUGCGGAUGGGGUUUCGUUUGUCGGAAACCAGGGCACGUCCAUACAAGCUGUGGCGCGGUUCAAGAACGCAAACUUCUCUGAGAACCGGGCCCUCGCGGCUGGGGCGCUUUUUGCCGACGGACUCCGCUUGAGCGUGGAACUGGGCCCCAACGUCUCCUUCCUCGACAACUCCGCCAUGGGUGGGGGGUUGCAGUUCGGCGGAGGCGCCGUCAACCUCCGAUCGGUGGGAGAAGUGCUGGUCCGCAACGUGACUUUCGAGUUGAACCGAGCGGAGCAGGCCCCUGGAGCUGCCAUGCUGGUGGAGGCGCACGAGGUGCUCAGCAAGGUGAUAUUGACGGAAUCCAGUUUCUCCAGAAAUUCGGUCCGGGGAACACGAUUGUUCGCCAACGGAGGUGCCCUCAACCUUGUGGGGAAGGGAAUAACUGCCAACAUGACAAAGUGCGUGUUCCGCUCCAAUGCGGUGGACAUGAGCGGCGGUGGCGUUGCGGCAAACGGCGUCGCGUUUCUCCACAUGGACUCAAUCGUUGUGGCCAAUAAUUCUGCUGGUAACACGGGAGGGGGCAUGUACGUACAGGCAUUCAGCAAUGAACCAAGCGUGCUUGUCCUCACAAACUUGACUUUUGACCUCAAUUCGGCCGGGGGUCGAAGUGCACAGGAGAUUUCGAAAAGCUGCUCCAGGGGGAGCUCAGAAACAGGGUCAGGGGGUGGCCUGGCCCUGUUUGGCGAGAACGUCGCGUGCACCAUCAACGGGUCAUCCACCUUCAGGCGAAACUCCGCGCUGAACGGAGGCGCCUUGGAUUUAGAGAGGACCGGCGAGGUUACAUUGCAGGACACUGAAUUCGUUGGCAACGCGGCCAUACUGGGAGGCGCAAUGCGCAUGAUACUGUCGCACGCGGCAGAAAAGACUUUCGGAGACCGUCUGAAAUUUGUCGAGAACAGUGCGUGCGACGGGGCCGCAGUGUGCGUGGACGGGGACAGGCUCGGCCCGUCCGACGCUCCGCGGAACGUCACCUCCUUCCGGAACGUGCUGUUUGAAAAGAACGUCGUGGAAAACGGCGGCAUGGGCGGCGGCGGCGUAUCUCUGAGGAACGCGGACAUGCGGUGCCAGAGCUGCACCUUCUCUGAAAAUGUUUGCAAGGGCGCCCUUCCUGGGGAUGGGCUUGGCGGCGCCGCGCUGGUGACUUCUGGAGCGGCUCUGCGGUCCCUGGAGUCCAGAUUUGAGGGAAAUGUGGCCAGGGAGGGGGGCGCCGUGUAUUGUGCCGGGCGAUUCGUGGGAAAUGGCACCGACUUCACUGGAAACGUCGCCCGAGAGAAUGGAGGAGGCUUGAGGAUCGGCCGAUCGCCGGACGAGGCCGAGCCCCAGGUGGAAUUGAUAGGCUGCCGCGUGUCUG